UUUCUUAAUAAAAUUUUAUUCGACUGUUCUUCAACAGGCUUCAGUGUAAAAUCAACGCCAAGUUAAAUUUCCUCAAAAGCAUCAGAUUCCUGGAAUUCCCAUUUAGUAUAAUCUUGUUUUAUGUCCUUUUACAUCUUCUUUCUACCCAUUUUGAUUUUUUUCUUUAUUUCUACUACUUCCUUAGUCGUCUGGGUUUUCUUUUACUACUGCUUUAAUACUUUUUUCCCAUUAUUUUCAUUUUUUUCUGGGUGCUUGUAGUAGUUUUGUACUAUUAUAUUAUAUCAUACACUUCAAUUCUUUUAGUUAAGAAACCCAUUUGAUUCCCUGUUUUUGUCAAAGUUUUCAUUUGCACACACUCACUCUCGCAGAUUAUAUACCGAGAAGACAUUCUUAUUUUAUAGUGGUGAAGGUUUUUGAGAGUCUAUGUCCCUCAAUCAAUCAAAGUUUGGUAAGAACGAGUCACAGUUUAGAAAAGCAGGUGGUGGACGAUCUUGUUCUGGCUCUGGUGGUCAGCAAAGGCCUUUUUUUGGUGGUCGUCGACGAGGUGGUGUUGGCCCCCCAUCCACUGCCACCAAACCUUAUGUUUCUUCUAAUCGAAGUUAUAAAAAGGUAGUUAAUCCUCAAAGUGGGCAGUCUGGAAGAAAUGUGGGACCAGUUAAUACUUCAAAUUUUAAUUCUCAGUCUUCCUCCAUGAGCUCAGAUUCUGCAAUGUCCUCCACCCCAUCUAAGGGUGAUGGAGUUAAGAAUUUUCCUCUGCAAUUUGGAUCCAUAAGUCCAAGUUUUUUGAAUGGGAUGCAGGUACCUGCUCGAACGAGCUUAACUUCACCUAAUUUGGAUGAGCAAAAGCGUGAUCAGGGUUCUUCCCAAGUGACGCACAGAGCUGAGAACAAGCACGAGAUAGGUAAAAUAUAUGUCGAAGAAGAAGCGAAACAGAGGAAGUUGAAGGGUAUACUGGAUAAGCUGACCCCACAAAACUUUGAGAAGUUGUAUAAGCAAGUUAAAGAAGUCAAUAUUGACAAUGUUGUGACUCUGAAGGGAGUAGUUUCUCAGAUCUUUGAGAAGGCUUUAAUGGAGCCAACAUUUUGUGAAAUGUAUGUAAAUUUUUGCAUGUGUCUUGCCUCUGAGUUGCCAAAAUUAAUUGUUGACAAAAAGAAGAUGACCUUCAGGCGAUUGUUGUUGAACAAGUGUCAAGAAGAAUUUGAGAGGGAAGAAAGAGAAGAACAAGAAGUGAAUAAUGAAGGUGAAGAUGAGAUUAAGCAAUCUGAGGAGCUAAGAGUAGAGAUGAGACUCAAAGCUAGUAGACGUAAGUUGGGAAAUAUAAAAUUAAUUGGCGAAUUGUACAAAAAGAAGAUGUUGACUGAAAGAAUAAUGCACGAAUGUAUAAAGAAGCUUCUAGGUACAUAUCAAAAUCCAAAUGAGAAGAAUAUCGAGGCAUUAUGCAUAUUAAUGAGCACAAUUGGUGAGAUGAUUGAUCAUCCCAAAGACAAGGAGUAUAUGGAUGCCUAUUUUGACAUCAUGGGUCAAUUGUCCAACAACAUGAAGUUGUCUUCUGGUUUAAGGUUCAUGUUAAAAGAAGCUAUUGAUUUGAGGAAGAAUAAAUGGCAACAAAGAAGGUUUGAUGCUAAUUGUUGGCAAAGAGCUACGAAUUUUGAUAAAGGUUUGAUGUUUGCUCCACAGGGUCCUUAUCAAGUGAGGCACAGAGCUGAUAACAAGUACAAGAUAGGUAAAAUAUAUGCCGAAGAAGAAGCGAAACAGAGGAAGUUGAAGGGUAUACUGGAUAAGCUGACCCCACAAAACUUUGAGAAGUUGUAUAAGCAAGUUAAAGAAGUCAAAAUUGACAAUUCUGUGACUCUGAAUGGAGUAGUUUCUCAGAUCUUUGAGAAGGCUUUAAUGGAGCCAACAUUUUGUGAAAUGUACGCGAAUUUGUGCCAACGUCUUGCUUUUUGGUUGCCAGAAUUAAGUGUUGACAAUGAGAAGAUCACCUUCAGGCGAUUAUUGUUGAACAAGUGUCAAGAAGAAUUUGAGAGGGAAGAAAGAGAAGAACAAGAAGAGAAUAAGGCUGAUAAUGAAGGUGAAGGUGAAGAUGAGACUAAGCAAUCUGAGGAGCUAAGAGAAGAGAUGAGACUCAAUGCUAGGAGACGUAUGUUGGGAAAUAUAAGAUUAAUUGGCGAGUUGUACAAAAAGAAAAUGUUGACUGAAAAAGUAAUGCACGAAUGUAUAAAGAAUCUUCUAGGUCCAUAUCAAAAUCCAAAUGAGAAGAAUAUCAAGGCAUUAUGCAUAUUAAUGAGCACAAUUGGUGAGAGGAUUGAUCAUCGCAAAGCCAAGCAGAAUAUGGAUGCCUAUUUUAAUAUCAUGGCUCAGUUGUCCAACAACAUGAAGUUGUCUUCUGGAUUAAGGUUCAUGUUAAAAGAAGCUAUUGAUUUAAGGAAGAAUAAAUGGCAACAAAGAAGGUUUGAUGCUGAUCGUUGGUAGAGCUACGAAUCCUUUUAAGGGUUUCCCUCAAAUGAAUAGUAAAAUCAAUGUUGUUCCAAUUUCAGAUGCAUCUCUCACCAUUACCCAUUUCUUCAGCCUUCUUUUUCCCAUUUCAUCUGCUUCUUUUCCCCAUUUUUGCUUUCCUCAUCUUUCUCCAUUUCAUCUGAUUCUUUUCCCAUUUCUUCCUGAUUAAAGUCUUGUCCCCAUUCUUUUUAUUUUACAUAUGUUGAGACAUUUCUAAUGAAUUUGAUUUCUUCCGUAAUCAUUCAUCAAAGAAAGAUGUUGCUAAUUUGGUUAAAAGGAGAAGGGAGAAAAACAAUAUUUUGCUGCACCGGUUUGCCUAUUUGGUAGGAGUUUGAUCUUUUUCUUCAUUUUUGUUAUUUUAAUUUAGUGUUUUUUUUACUGAUUUUACCUAAUUUAGGUUUUUUUUUUUUUUGUAUUGUUUUUAUUUAAUUUUGAUGUUAUUUGAUGGUUGUACAUGUUCCAAUACUCAUAUUAAUCGUGUAUAUUUGAUAAGAGGCUAUUUAUUCA